AUGGAUAUCCGCGUGCUGACGUUCCUACUGCUGAUAACCGCAGCGCACAGCUCCAUGGAGGAAGUCAUCGAAGUGAUCAAACUCAGCCAAGCAGUAGUAGAGCAAGUUCUAGGUGCAUGGGGCGAAAUUCACGAAGAAUUAGAUGCGGAGGCGCUACCCACAUUGGCACUUCUAGAAAAAGCUGUGAAAACGGUCGAUGACCAAAAUGAAAAAAUUGUUUUGGGACGACUGGAUCACAUUACUCGGACCAUCCAACGACUAGAACGUCGAAUAGAUCAGUCGAACGCCGUUGCGAUGCUAUUGGCGAGAACGGCUGGGACCCGCACAAACUUGCAACUGGGGCUACGCGAAAUGAUAACACUACUAGAUAGAGUCGCGCUUUACGAUCGGCGGAUGAGGAGCUACUUGGGACUGCAGAACUUCUUGGAGCGAUCUACGUUGGAAGACUUCGCGGAGUGGUGUGUCAGCCACAAUCCCUUGGCGUUGCCGGGUCAGCUGGAGGGCAUACAUGCGCUGAUCGUGCCCCCGAAUGAGAAGUUACUAGGACGCAGCAUCUUAGAUUUGAUUCUGGACGAUAUACAGGAGGACCACCCAAACCUGUGCAACUACAAAAUGUCCACCCAUCAACUGAUCUACGAUAUGUAUAACACGAUAGCCCUUACGGAGAUCAAGGGUUUCGCCAUUAUGCAGUUCUCUUGGAUGCUGCUGAGGAUAUACGGCAAAGGCAACUUCACAUAUGAAGCUAGUUUGGCCAGGAAACGGUACGAAGAGCGGAAUACUCUCACAGCGGACGCUGUACGGGCCGCUUUGUAUAAAGCAGACAGAGAUUUGUAUGCAUGUGAUCAAGAGGACCGUCAACUAGGUCAAACAUACGAGGAAGUGACCCGUUUGCUGCAAGGCUACGUAGCGAACGAGGUGGACAUACACUCGGGACACUCCUGCUGGAAGGGCUGCUCGCACUUCCAGCGGACGGACCACAAGAGCUGCCAAUACAGCUCCGAGCUAUGCGGCAAACAAGCGGCUUGCAAAGGAAGGAUCAUGAAUUGUAAAUUCAUCGACUCUAAAAUGUGGGUCUGCAGAGCGGGCCAGAAUAGCAAUCGUCGAUAUGAGUGGAUCCAGUUUGAAAACGGUAAACAAUUUGGAAAUAUUGGCAGUUGCGAUCGCGGUACGACUAAGGUGGAUUCUUGGCGGAGUUGGGUAUUCUGGCAGUGUUCUUACUGCAUGUGCAUCUGCGAAGAAUACGGUCCGUACUCUGAUCGUUAUUUCAACCUUUGGGACACCACAUCAGAUAUUCAGAAAAAUAAGGUGGUUACUGGUUUACAGAUUGUCAAAGAAGGCCAAGUUUUCUACCUUCAGAUAAGGCAAGGAAAACUAGGCAAGAGAGGCUCAAUCACGAAUGACGAAUUGGUACCGUUACGGACCUUCACUUCAGAUGACGAUAUAAAAUAUGGAGUAGACUACCACAUGCUGUCUUACGAGAAAAGAGCUAUCGAUUUGAAUAAACUACAAUCACCACCUGGACACGUCUUAACUGGCGUCAGAUUCAGAAUGAGCGGUAGCCAUUUGCAUUUAGAGAUACGAUCAACACCUUUCAAUUAUACGACAGGUCGUCUAUCACCCCAAAAUAGUCAAUGGAUAUAUGACACCGAAGACUCCGAGUUUCCUCGGUCUCAGUUGAAACUGAUCAAACCGGACAUACCGACGCGCAGUGCCACACCCCUCCCUGUGGACUCUAAGCACGACCAAUAUGUCGAGUUCACUCACAGCGACUUCGAAGCAGACGCGGCGCAGAGCACCGUGCCGUUUAUAGACAUCCAGCCACUUAACCCUAGCAAAGGUUCACCGCUACUUAGUGGAGCGGGUCUGUACCACCGCGGAGCGCCUUAUUCCGGUGGCUUCAUAGCCGCCAAGCUCGUCACCUACGACUACUCUCCACACAUUGUGGCCUCGCCGCUGCCAUCAACUGUUUAAAAUAUUGAAUAGA